AUGUAUCGCUAUUUACGAUGUCAGCAGUACGAAAGAAGCCUCUUGCUCGAGAAGAGCAUUAUCUUCUACUCUUCCCGUUUCCAACGCAUUACCUCGUGCAUUUUGGCCAGCUUAAGUCUCCUCUAUCCUUUGAUUUGGGUUCAUUUGCUCUAUCCUCUGUUGCCUUUAGAGUGCAUUGAUUAUGCAAGGCGAGCAAUUUUGGCUUUUCUAAUCAGAACGCUUUUUUACAGUUGCCCUUCACCAUUUAUUGCGGGAAUACACUCUUGUUUACUCGAGAAGACGAAACGUUUGAUAAACGCAGAUGUCCGACUGGUUGACUUGGACAAUGAUAUGGUCUAUGUGAAUGGUUCGUUUGGAUCCCAACUUCCUGAAGCAAUUCGUCAGUGGCUCGCUCGUGGAUGUAACGCGUCCCAUCAGGCAAUCCUGAAACAAAGGCGUUCGUCCCGAAGUCGCAAUUCCAAUGCUGCCGCACUCUUGGUGGAACCCUAUCUGGAGCUCAUGACCAUUCUGCUCGGUGGUUAUCGGGAGGCGAUGCAAUACACCGAAUCGACUUCCUUUAUCGGGUACGGACCGUCCUCGGAUGAAUCGGCGUCAUGGGCGUUUGAUCGACCACGUCCUGGUCACUGGCAUUUUAAUCGUGACACUUUUGUGGCUUCCCGGGGUCGUGAAUGCCAGGCGUAUCUGCGUGAGCUCCUUCAGUCGCAAAUGGUCAUCCAGUUUUUCGAGUCUCGAGUAGCUCUACUGAACUCAGACCUGGGCAUGAUUCCACCGGACGAUUUCGAGGACGCGAUUAGCCGCGUGUCUGGUCCGCCUCGCUCCAAUUUAGCCGAUUUCCUAAGUCGUGGGCGGGCUGGUUUCAGUCGGUUCGCUCGAAAACUGAAGAAGUUGAGGAAAGUUCGUUCGGAUCAUGCUUUUCCGCCAGUUGCCUGUCCGAAUCAAACGUCUGGUUUUGACUCGGCCCAGGGAGAUUCGUCUUCUUCCGUUUCCUCUUCGGAAGCUGCUCCGUACGAGGCGUUGGCUGAACUUCGUUUGAAAGAUUGUGAUUCCAAUCAUACUGUCACUGGGUCAGGGUUGUCUGCGAGUAGACCGCUGAAUCAAGACAAAUCAUCCGCUCCACAGGAUUCAUCCCCUUUCGGUGAUUUUGAGUGGACUGCAUCAAAAUCACCGAAUGCCUGCAAUACCACCUCCUCCACUGGCACCACCAACUACGGUUCUUCCAUCCUCUUCGAGUCAGAUGUUCCCGCCAAAUACAGUUUCAAAGACGAAUGUAGUGUUUGGCACACGAAAAAGCGAAUCGACUAA